ACGAGCAACAUCUCUUUGUUUUAUUGGACUGGAUUUGUCAGAUUCAAAGGUUCACUGCACUCCAUGUCGUACGGAUUACUUGUGUUAUGUCAAAAUGAAGAUCGCUGCCUUCAAUGUCCAGAGACUGGGAUGGGAUAAAGUCAACAACCAGGACGUACGGGAUAAUAUCAUAAAGAUUGUGUCUCAGUACAGCGUGGUGGUGCUGCUGGAGGUGACGGAUCAGAGUGACCCCGCCAUGCCACGGCUCCUCAAACACCUUAAUGAGUAUGGAGAUAACAAAAGGAAUCCGUACGGCAUGCUGUGCAGUGAACCUCUGGGACCGGAGGGUCACAAGCAGAAGUUUGUCUACUUCUACAGAAAGAAAGAAGUGCAGAUAAAAGACAAAUACCAGUACAGAGGAAAUGCUGUGAUCACCAGAAAGCCUUUCGCUGUCCUUCUAAAUUGUCUAAACACAGUUGUGCAGGAUCUGGUGUUGAUCCCGGUCCACAUCACACCAAGUAAUGCAGAGGCGGAGCUGAACGCUCUUCAUGACGUGGUUGAGGUUGUGAGGAAAAAAUGGAAGAAAGAUAACAUUAUGAUUUUGGGAGACUUUAAUGCCGCUGGAGAUUAUCUCUCCAUGGAGCAGAAGGAAACACUCCUCAUCUCCUCGGCUCCUUAUCGUUGGCUGAUAGGCGAUGACGUCCACACCAUGACUAAAAACAACAUCCAUGCCUACGACAGGAUCGUGGUUUACGAAGAGAGGAUGCUGGAGGCCAUCGUCCCCGACUCAGCCAAAGCCUACAACUUCAAGAGAGAGUUGAACUUGACAGUAGAAGAAGCUCUGAGUGUCAGUGAUCACUACCCUGUGGAGGUGGAGCUGGAGGAGAAGCCUGAGGUGAAAACGGAGGUGGAGCUGGAGGUGAAGCUGAUGGUGGAGCAGAUGAGGAAGCUGGAGCUGAUGGUGAAGCUGAUGGUGGAGCAGAUGAGGAAGCUGGAGCUGAUGGUGAAGCAGGAGGUGGAGCCGGAGGUGGAGCUGAUGGUGAAGCUGAUGGUGGAGCAGAUGAGGAAGCUGGACCUGAUGGUGAAGCAGGAGGUGGAGCCGGAGGUGGAGCUGAUGGUGGAGCAGAUGAGGAAGCUGGAGCUGAUGGUGAAGCAGGAGGUGGAGCCGGAGGUGGAGCUGAUGGUGGAGCAGAAAGCUCAGAGAAAAAGGAAUCCAGAGAAAACCUCGACUAGAGGAAGACCUCAGGCAGCCCAGAAGAAGAAGGCCGGGCCGGCAGCGAAAAAGGGGAAAGGAGUGUAAACCAAGAGAAGAGGAACCGAUCUUCAAUAUGUUAUUAUCUUAAAGUAGUUUAGUUAUUAGCUUUUAGUGAUGAGCGCUAUUCAACCCUUAUGUUGUGUUCGGGUCUCCCUGUGAUUGACCCGCGAACACCAUGAACGGGAACAGCUUUCGAACACAACACAAGGGUUAAGUGUAUGAACAGAAUAGAGCUUGUAUUGCUUCUUGAUGUUUUUGAUGCAGCUUCAAGUUCAGCAACAGAACAGUUUUCAGAAAUGGAGGACGCAUUUUGUUAAAUAAUUAUUUUUUUAACCUAAAUUCCUAGAAUCUAAAUGUUUGUCAAAUGAGGUAGAAGUUGAAGACUUAAUUUUAGGAUUUUUAAUCAAAGUAUUUUAACUAUUUGGUUGAAAAACAAGUUGUGUGGUUAGUUUGUUUGUCUGUUGCUGUGUGACUUCGGUUAGUUCGGAUUCAGCAAAAACAAACAAAUAAAGUAUCCGACAACUAUCCUCACGGUAAAGCACCUAAAUGAUUCUAAAUAUAGAAUAUAUUUGUUUAAUUGGCUAAAAUACAUUUAGCAGACUGUCACGUCUACAGCAAUAUGUUUCUGAGCCAAACUGACGAGGAUAAGUUCCUCAUAUCACUUCAAUAUAACCAAACUAUCCAUUUAAACUAUGUUCACAGACGCAUGGCAUAUUACAGUAUAUCACUGCUUUUUUACUAACAAUGCUUUUUGUUAUCUGCAAUAAAAAAUAAUCAUGAAAUUA